AUGGCCUCUAAGCUGAGGAUUGUUAGCCAGACGGACAGAUUCCCAGACAGCGCGAUCUUCGGGCAGAACCUUCCUUUUCUCUGGAACCUCAUCAUUGCAUUGUUCCAGUUAGAAAACAGGCCAGGGUGCUCGGGGCCCGGCCUCGGGGAGACGGCAGAUGAGCGGAACUGCAGUUCUGGGGCCGGGAGAGCGCCCGGAGGCUUUUCGCGGAACUCCUGCCCUAGCGACGCGCGCCUCGUUGCUAGGGGCGGUGGCAUGGGAGGCUGUGGAGCGUGGUGGUUGCUGACUCCCUCCACUCGGCGCCCCUGCCGGCCCCAGCUCCCGGCCCGGCCAGCCGGCUGGGGACACCUCUUCCAGCAGCCACAAGGGAUGCUGCUGCCCUGGUCUCCUCCCUGCAAGGUUUUGUGUAGAUCCUGUGCAGUGAUGGGGAAACUGCAAAGCAAACUCAAACAUAGCACUUACAAGUACAGCAGGCCCGACGGAAUUCUAGAAGAGAGAAUUCAAACUAAAGCUUGUCAGGAGUAUAGCCCAGCCCACGUGGAUACUGUGUCUGUCGUUGCUGCCCUGAGCUCAGACCUGUGCGUCUCUGGAGGAAAAGAUAAGACAGCUGUGGCCUACGACUGGAAAACCGGAAAUGUGGUGAGACGUUUCAGAGGACACGAACGAGAAAUCACUAAGAUAGCCUGUGUGCACAGAUCGAGCCAGUUCUUCAGCGCCUCUCGUGACAGGAUGGUCAUGAUGUGGGACUUGCACGGCCCCUCGCAACCAAGGCAGCAGUUCUCUGGCCACGCCAUGGUGGUCACUGGAUUGGCCGUGAGUCCAGACUCUUCACAGCUGUGUACUGGCUCUCGGGACAACACCCUGCUUCUGUGGGACGUUGGGACCGGCCAGUGUGCAGAGACAGCUUCCAUCUCCAGGAACCUGAAGGUAGAACGGGGGCUGCUCUCCUUAGCGGCCACUCGCAGGCAACUCUCUACCGCGUGUUUGGGCGCCUGCGUGCGUUUGGGUACUCACGACUGGCCCAGAGCUGCUACCAUUGCUCCUGCUCAUCUGGGAUUAUGGGACAGUCGGGGGCUGCAGGUAGCGCAUAUAUUUCCCACAAAGCAGCAUAUUCAGACCUACUGCGAGGUCAGUGAGGAUGGACACAAAUGUAUCUCCUGCAGCAACGGCUUUGGAGGGGAAGGCUGUGAAGCCACGUUGUGGGACCUACGGCAGACGCGGAAUAGAAUAUGUGAAUACAAGGGGCAUUUCCAGACUGUCACAUCCUGUGUCUUUCUACCAAGAGCAUUAGCCUUGAUGCCUACAAUUGCCACCUCAUCACAUGACUGCAAAGUGAAGAUUUGGAACCAAGAUACUGGAGCCUGCCUGUUCACCUUGUCCCUGGACGGAUCAGGACCUUUGACUUCCCUGGCUGUUGGCGACACCGUCUCCUUGCUGUGUGCGAGUUUCAGCCGAGGAAUUCACCUGCUCAGAGUGGACUGCAGCCAAGGGCUGGCACUGCGGGAGGUGGCAGCAUUCUGA